AUGGCCGAAAGUGACAGCUCCCGUGUGCGCACCACACGCCGUCAAAGUUGCACCAAUGAGUCCUACAACUGCAUCGCGCGUCACGAAGCUUUUAUCGAUGAAUAUCGCAUGGCAGAGCACCAGCGCACCCACUUUAAGCCCUUCGAGCGCCAAUUGAGUUCAAAGGCUCGUAGAUCAAGUCUCCAUGAACCCGAGGAGACCCGCGCCACGGACAGUGGGACCUACGAUUGCCAACAUUGUUCAAAAAGUUUCCGUUACAAAUCAUGUUUCGUAAGGCACGAGCGGAUGCACUGCACGGCCGACAAGCCCUUCACCUGUGCAUUGUGCUCGAAGUCCUUUACUCGUAAAUCCAGUCUGAAAGUGCACGAGCAGACCCACACGGGCAAUAGCAAGCCCCACGUUUGCAACUGGUGCUCGAAAAGCUUCGUUAACAAAUCCAACCUCAGGGUGCACGAGCGCGCUCACAGCCUCGAAAAGCCCUACACCUGCAAAAUGUGUUGGAAAAGCUACAUGUACAGAUCCAGCCUGAAAGCGCACGAGCGGACCCACGUGGAGGUGAGGGUCUACGGGUGCAGGCAUUGCUCAAAAUGUUUCGCCGAUAAAAACAGUCUCAGGGUGCACGAGCAUGGUCACACGGGUAAAAGGCUUUUGGUCUGCACAGUUUGUUCGAAAAGUUUUGCUCACAGAUCCAGUUUUAGAGUACACGAGCGUACCCACACGGCCGAGAAGCCCUACGAGUGUAACAUUUGUGGGAAAAAUUUCACUCAGAGCUCGAAUCUUCGGGCGCACGAGCGGAUCCAUACGGGGGUAAAGCCUCGCGUCUACCAAGUGUGUUCACCUGCGGUUUCAAUCCACGCGGCCGAACCGUCGAGAUUACCGAUAAAACUACCCUCGUUUUCCACUGCUUUUCAAUUCUUGUGGAAUAAAACUGCUUGA